GAAGUUUCUGCUGUGAGAUGACCAUAUACGUCCGCCAACUCGGGCGCAACGUGACAGGGCGCGAGACGGCUUCGAACAAGCAGACCGCUAGCAAGUCUUGUGCUUUGUCGUUGGUUAGACAGCUAUACCAUCUUGGGGUUAUCGAAGCUUUCAGCGGGACUUUGAAGAAAGACAGGAGCGGAGAAGGUCUGAUGAAACCAUACCCAGUGGCGAUCAGUCCAGAACUUGAAGCGAAACUUGAAGACACCUUACGAGAGUUGGAAAUCGAGCCAGUAGAUGUGAACAACGCCAACGUCCAACAAUCUGAAGGCCAAGACGGGAAGACGGUGGUGACCAUAUUACAACUGGACCGCGUGCGAGCGAUGCGGGAGGCGCGGCCGACGCCCGGGGGCGUGGUCUCGUGGUCCCCGCCCCAAGCCAACUGGAACCCCUGGACGAGCUGUAACAUUGAUGAGGGUCCACUAGCCAAGAUGUCGCUGGAUGACAUCAGUUCUGACCUGGAGAAGAGUCACCGCGAUUUGUGUCAAAACAGCCAGCUGUAUCAGGAUAGUAUACGUGAAAGAGAGAGCUUGCCAGUAUUCGGCAUGCGGUCUCAAAUCAUGGACGCCAUCAAUGAGAACCCGGUCAUCAUCAUCAGGGGUAACACUGGCUGCGGCAAGACUACUCAGGUGUGCCAAUUCAUCCUGGACGACUACAUAGCAAGCGGACAAGGCGCGUGGGCGAACAUCUUCGUGACGCAGCCGCGGCGAAUAUCCGCCGUCAGCGUCGCCGAGCGGGUCGCCAACGAGCGCUGCGAGGAGCUAGGGAAUAGUGUGGGAUACUCGGUGCGAUUCGAGUCCGUAUUGCCAAGGCCGUACGGUUCGAUAUUGUUCUGCACUGUCGGUGUUUUGCUGAGAAAACUGGAGGGUGGCUUGAGAGGCGUCAGUCACGUUCUUGUCGAUGAAGUCCACGAGCGAGACGCCGAUACGGAUUUCGCGUUGAUCCUACUCAGAGACAUGGCACACACGUACCCGGAUCUCCGGAUCAUUCUCAUGUCCGCCACAGUCGACACUACGCUGUUCACUUCGUACUUUGGCAACUGUCCUGUUAUUGAGCUGAAGGAAAGCAGCCUUGAACAAGACGGGAAGACGGUGGUGACCAUAUUGCAACUGGACCGCGUGCGAGCGAUGCGGGAGGCGCGGCCGACGCCCGGGGGCGUGGUCUCGUGGUCCCCGCCCCAAGCCAACUGGAACCCCUGGACGAGCUGCAAUAUUUGUGAUCAAGACGGGAAGACGGUAGUGACCAUAUUACAACUGGACCGCGUGCGAGCGAUGCGGGAGGCGCGGCCGACGCCCGGGGGCGUGGUCUCGUGGUCCCCGCCCCAAGCCAACUGGAACCCCUGGACGAGCUGUAAUAUUGAUGAAGGUCCACUAGCCAAGAUGUCGCUGGAUGACAUCAGUUCUGACCUGGAGAAGAGUCACCGCGAUUUGUGUCAAAACAGCCAGCUGUAUCAGGAUAGUAUACGUGAAAGAGAGAGCCUGCCUGUAUUUGGCAUGCGGUCUCAAAUCAUGGACGCCAUCAAUGAGAACCCGGUCAUCAUCAUCAGGGGUAACACUGGCUGCGGCAAGACUACUCAGGUGUGCCAAUUCAUACUGGACGACUACAUAGCGAGCGGACAAGGCGCGUGGGCGAACAUCUUCGUGACGCAGCCGCGGCGAAUAUCCGCCGUCAGCGUCGCCGAGCGGGUCGCCAACGAGCGCUGCGAGGAGCUAGGGAAUAGUGUGGGAUACUCGGUGCGAUUCGAGUCCGUAUUGCCAAGGCCGUACGGAUCAAUAUUGUUCUGCACUGUGGGUGUUCUGCUGAGAAAACUGGAAGGUGGCUUGAGAGGCGUCAGUCACGUUCUUGUCGAUGAAGUCCACGAGCGAGAUGCCGAUACAGAUUUCGCGUUGAUCCUACUCAGAGACAUGGCACACACGUACCCGGAUCUCCGGAUCAUUCUUAUGUCCGCCACGGUCGACACUACGCUGUUCACUUCGUACUUUGGCAACUGUCCUGUUAUUGAGGUCCCCGGCCGCACGUACCCAGUCCGCCAAUAUUUCUUAGAAGACUGCAUAGAGCUGACCAAGUUCGUGCCUCCGCUCGACUCGAGGAAACGCAAGUCCUCGGGCAAGAGGGCGAAUAAGGACGACGAGGAAGAUGAUGAUGAAGGUCUCGGCGGGGACGAGCAAGAUGAAGACAUGAACAAGAACUGCCAAUUGAGCAACGACUAUUCGCCGGAAACGGCAAGGUCUCUCCAGCAACUCUCGGAAAAAGAUAUGAGUUUCGAACUCAUAGAAGCCAUACUGACCUACAUCGCCAAUCUGAACAAGGAAGGCGCCGUAUUAGUGUUCCUCCCCGGUUGGAAUCUCAUCUUCGCGCUGAUGAAGCAUCUGACCCAGCACCGGAUGUUCGGGGACCAGUCCCAGUUUGUGAUACUGCCGUUACACAGCCAGAUACCGAGGGAAGACCAGAAGAAGGUGUUUGUUACGCCGCCACCAGGAAUCACCAAGGUGAUCUUAUCAACCAACAUCGCAGAAACGUCAAUCACUAUCAACGACGUGGUCUACGUCAUAGACUCGUGCAAGGCCAAGAUGAAGCUGUUCACGUCACACAAUAACAUGACGUCAUACGCCACUGUCUGGGCCAGCAGGACUAAUUUGGAGCAGCGCAAAGGCAGGGCAGGCCGUGUGAGGCCUGGCGUUUGUUUCACGCUUUGCACCAGAGCGCGCUUCGACAAGUUAGAAGAACACCAAACGGCUGAGAUGUUCCGCACUCCACUACAUGAGCUGGCUCUCAGCAUCAAGCUCCUUCGCCUGGGCAGUAUAGGCCACUUCUUGUCCAAGGCACCAGAACCACCGCCGCUUGACGCCGUCAUAGAGGCAGAAGCCAUGUUGAGAGAACUGGGAUGUUUGGAUGUGGCAAACCAGGAUGCCUUGACGCCGCUAGGGACCAUACUAGCGAAGCUACCCAUCGAGCCUCGCCUAGGCAAGAUGAUGGUCCUCGGCUUCGUACUGGGCGUGGGCGACGCUCUGACCACAAUGGCGGCCAACUCGACGACGUUCCCCGAGGUGUUCGCGCUGGAGGGCCGCCGCCGCCUGUCCGCGCACCAGCGCGCGCUGGCCGGCGAGCGCGCCUCCGACCACGUGGCCAUGCUCAACGCCUUCCAGAUGUGGGAGCGAGAGCGCAACAAGGGCGAAGAGAAAGAACUCCAGUGGUGCGAGUGGAAAGGCGUGCAACAAACGACUCUACGGGUCACGUCUGAAGCGAAGUACCAACUUAUAA